CACGAAGGAAUCGCAAUCCAUCCCGGCGUGCAUGCUAUCCUCUCACAAUCCAUUGAACCAUAAAAGCUAAAGGACAAGAAAACAAAGCAUCCGUUCUGCAUAUUCAGUGCCUGUUUCAUCGACUCAACUCGUACUCUCUUCGCCUUUCUAUUCGAAUCCUUCUGUGGUAAUUUCGAUUCUGCACCUCACACCGACGACAUGAAGCUUUCCUUUUUCUUCUUCUUCGCCCUCGGAGCAUCCCCCCUCGCCUCUGCCAACGAGAAAUACGUGGGACCCUCGCCGUUCCAGAUCGGAGACCCCACCUGCGUCGUCCAGAAAGAAGAAGACUGUAAGAAGCUUGCCCAAAGCGCGGGGCGCCCCUUCAAGAAAGUCAACGCGGCAUGGGGUGGUGCUUAUCGCGGCUGCUACAAGCACCCGCUCAAUAAGGGACCUGAAGGAGUCGAGUACCACUGGACCCCCGGCGGCGACGCGAAUAGCAACGGCGUGACCCUCCCCCCCGAAAAGGGAGCAAUCAACUACAACUACGCAAGGGUUUAUUGCGGAGAAAACAAAGGAAGCAAAAUCACAUACGACUUUCCGAAACUCAAAGGAGAACUGGUACACGGCCUGUGCGUGCAAGGUGCUUCCCCGAACGGGGUCCGCGCCUUCAACGAUGAAAAAAACUUGCCGUACAAUUACUUUCCCGAUUUCAAUACCGGCACGACACUCUUUGGUGACAAGGGCUGGACACCAGUUAACAAGGAACUCGAUGCCGACAUGUGCGUGGGCGGGAUCUACGCCCAGCCCAGACAGCACAGAACUCCCAAAUCAGCGAAGAUUACGCUGGAGGCGGCUUCCCUCGAGGGAAAUUCUUUCACAGUCUGCGCCUUCGUUGAAUCAACCGAUCCCAAACGCAAUGGUGGAUGGGACGAUAAACUUGAAAGAGAGGGUUUCACCGUCUCGGACAAAACCAUUGGAUGGAACGGUGGCAGAAACCAGGGCACGUUCUAUUGUAAGACUAUGUCGGAUCCGAACGGGCCUGAACCAACGCAGCCUCCAACACAGGCUCCAACAUUAGGAGAAGUGGGCAUUGUUGACUACAGAUUCCCCGACACGACUACUGGGCGGUUGGUGCAUGGUUUGUGUGUCAAAGGGAAAGUUUCCAAAAAAG